AUGGCCAGUGAUAAAAGCUUGAGUCAGAGGAGUUUGGAUGAAAAAGAAAAGAAAGGCUUCAAAUUUCGUUGGAAGAGAGCCAAGGAGAAAAACAAAGAGCUAUCAAGAAGUGCGAGAAGCAAAAAGAGCAAAUGGUCAAGGAGUGCGAAGAGCAAGAAAGCUAAACUGUCAAGGAGGGCAAAGGCUGGCAAAACUAAAAUGAGCCGAAAGAUGAAGAAAAGCAAAAAGUCAAAGGGAUCGUCUUCAAAAAGUACCAAAUCAGGCAAGAGUUCUAAAAACUCGAGCAAAAAAAGCACUUUAUCAUGCCUUUCAUGUAAGCGAAACAAGGAGAAGUCUGACAAGAAAACAACGGAUUCGGAAUCAAAAAGUGUCGAUCAAUCUGGUGGAACUUCCAAGGGUUCGCCUAAAGAACCGCCACCUCCACUUGUUAUAGCUAUACCGAGCAAAAAGGAACCCAAUCAGGAAACAAAUGAAUUGAACUCAAAGAGCCCUGAAACUUUGAGCGGAAGCUCAAGAGAUUCUGCUAGUAAGAAAGGCAAGCUGUCCAUGUUUUCAUUCACACGAAAGAAGGCCAAUAGAUCGUCGAGCGACAGGG